UUAAAAAGGAGAGAAAAAAUCUUUCUUGGAACAUUAAAUAAAUCUGACUGUAAAUUACCAUACAGUAGAUUUCACAAAGAAAUAAUAAAAAGCAGCUGGCUGUUCUAAGUCUUCAGUGUAUUUUUUCGAUAUUAAUGCUUUUGUGAACAUGAUGUUUAGUUCAACAGACCAUACAAGAAGUGUGUCACUUCAACUCUCUAAGGUCCUUGAUGACAUUGGUGUAAAUGAUGACAUGGUCAGAAAAAGAAGGCAAACAGUAAUGGCAGAAGAAUCUCUCCGGACAGUGACGACGAACUUACAAGAUAUGAAAUUAACCACAUAUAAUUUUGGGAGCCGCACUGAAGGAACAACUACAGCAGGUCUUCAUGCAGACUCUGACACUCUGGCAUGUAACAACACGUAUAACAUUAUACAAGACCUUUCAGAAUGGCGUCAUGGAUAUACAAAUUUGUUGAUGGUACGUGAUGCUAACACACCACCAGGAUACUGUCUCCUACAAAAAACAUAUGACAAUGUUCCAAAUCUAGUUGAUUAUCCCCCUUCUGAAGAUUACUAUGUUGACAGUAGAAGAAGAGUGCUGAUGAAGAAUGAUUGGUUUGUAAGUAGAUUACCUGAUGGUAGUGUAAGACGUGGUCCAUCACAGUCCAUACAAGGUUUACCUGGAUAUGCUGAUGAUGACCUUGUGUAUGCGUAUUACUGUAAAUCAUGGCCAAGGGAGGCCAGAUUAUUGACAGAAACAGCAAGUGCAGGAAACUGGCCUGCGGAAGAAUUAAAGAGGCAAGCUAUGAAUGAUGGAUGUUUUGUUGUACCUGUUGGUUGCCGUGGUACUGAAAGUGAGGAACUUCAAUGGAGAAUAUCAACAUCAUUAACAGAACGCAGGCUUAUGUUCAGCUUAAACAUAGUUCAAAUCAGGUGUUAUGUUUUGAUGAAAAUGAUUCUAAAAUCUUACCAAGGCCUUGAUUCUGAAGAUGCCUUAUCAAGUUUCAUCUGUAAAACAGUCGUCCUUCAUUGCAUUGAAAAAGGAGAAGAAAAUCUCUGGCAAGAUGAUAAUUUACUAAACUGUUUGAAUACUUGCUUGAAAUUUCUACAUGACUGUGUUCUGUCAGAACACUGUCCACACUUUCUUAUACCAGAGAACAAUUUGAUGGCGAGACGCAUUUCACCAGACAUCAAACCACAAAUUCUAGCAAUAAUCCAAAAUAUUUUAUGCAGUGACGUUAAAGCUCUUGAAGAUAUCGAAAUUGACCAGCUUGGUAUGAGAAUCACUGGACAGUUUCAAACUGUGUACCCAGGACACAUUGUACAUAUACAAGUACCAUCAGCUUUAGAAUACAAACAAAAUAUUUCUGGACAUUUAUUGUAUACUUUCAUGAACAGCCUCAGUAAUCGUAUUGGUGGCUAUCUGACUGAACUGACACACUUGCAGACAGAAAAUGUUGUCCAAAAGUUGUCUGUAUCUAUUGAUAAGCUUACUACCUUUCACAGUGAAGGUACCGAAUAUGAACAAAAAGCAUGUGAACUUAUUUCCAACUUCUUAUAUAUGUCUCUAGGAUCAGUACUGGCUUCCAACAGUAUUUCUAAGAAUGAAACAAUUCAACGUAAUUCACUUGUUAUGUUAGAACAAGGAUCAGCUAAUGACAUCUCAUCAACAUUAAAAUGGGCAUCAGUGUUCUAUUGCAAAGGAGACAUGCCUCAGACUAUUAGUAUACUUGAUACAAUACUAGAACAAUAUAGCAUUGAACGUUUGCAAUCGGUUUGUUGUUGCUACCAGAGUCGAGAUAGAGGAAAGCCUAAACAUGAAUUUGAAGAAGUCUGUGUUGAAGGUGAUAUAAAACAUGUAUUAAAGCACACAGCUUUUUGUGUAAGGUUCUUACCAUGUGAAGUGAACUGUGUCCCAGAGGAGUUAAAACAUGAAUAUUUCCGCCCAAACAUGGAUGCUCUUCAUAAGGACUACUGGAUGGACUGGGCUGUGGUAGACUCAAUUCCUUACUAUUAUUUCUUAUUGUACAAAGCCCAGAAAAUUCAAGGUAACAUGGAGAGACAGCAGGCAGCGUUUGACAAACUAAGACAAGCAAUAGACUCUGACUCUAAUCUAGGACACAAGGAAACUGACUUAAAUUUACUUGCACAAUGCAUGGAGCAGGAAGGCAUGUUAGAUGAUGCCAUAGCUUGUUACACUGCUUCAACAGAUCUUCGUCCAGCACAUAAUGCCGCUUAUUCUCUUAUCAGUCAAAUCUUUUAAAGACGACAUUCAAAUAACAGAUAAAAACAAACUGCUGUAUGAUAACCGUUACAUACACCUAUAAACAAAGAAGUAAAUUUUUUCAACACACACCCAUGCCGAUUUUGCGACUCCGUAAAAAUGGUAUUGCAUUGCCGUGCAGAUAUUUUGACUUGAUGUUAUUUGCCUUAUACAAUCAUAGCGUAAAGACAUGCUAAAUGUUAGCAUUACACUAUAGGAACAUUGAUGAAAAAUGACUCUUUUUCACUUUAAACAGUCUUUGUUUUAUUUUACCAAGAUAAAAUUUGUAUUUUUAAAGAAAAGGGAGCAGUAAUGUUUACUGUGCCAAAACAUUAAUUUUUCAUAAAACAAGAUAUGUUUGUAAAACAUAUAAAACAUAAACAUGUAAAUCUUAUCAAAUAAAAUAUGCAUAAAUUUUAUGAAUCAUGUAGGCCUCAUUAAUGUUACAUUACAUAAGACCUUGAAAUGUGUAUACCAAAAGGAUUUUUAGUUUAAUAAAAAAAUAUCAACCAAGGCAACUUGAGUUGUUGAGUUAUUAGUAAAACAAUUUUUACAUACAAGAUCAAUAUGACAUUGACCUUUGACCCUUAAAUCAAUAGGGGUUAUCUACUGGCCAAGACCAAUGCACCUGUGAAGUUUGAAGGUAAAGGGCCCAUGAGAUGGGAUAUUGAUCAGAAAGCGUUGUUACCCAUAAGGUCAAUGUGAUCUUGACCUCUGACCCCUUAACACCAAAAUAUCCAUUGAGGUCAUCUUCUGACCAAAAGCAAUGCAUCUGUAAAGCUUGAAGUCAAGGGUCCAUGGGUUGUCCAGUUAUUGAUAGAAAACCGUUGUGAAAUACAAGGUCAAUGCAACCUUGAACUUUGUUCCCCUGACCCCAAAAUCAAUAGGGGUCAUCUACGGGCCAAUACCAAUGCAUCUUCAAAAUUUAAGCCAAAAGCCAACAGCUUGUCAAGUUAUUGAUAGGAAACCGUUUUUACCAACAAGGUCAAUGCAACAACCAUGAUCUUUGAUCCCUUGUCCCCAAAAUCAAUAGGGGUCAUCUACUGGUCAAGUCCAAUGCACCUUCUGAGUUUGAGGGCCAACAGCUCAUGGGAUCUCAAGUUAUUGCUCGGAAACCGUUUUUAUCUACAAGGUCAAUUUGACAUUUGACCACUUGACCCCCAAAAUCAAUAGAGGUCAUCAGCUGGUCAUAAACAAUCAUCAUACCAAGUUUGAAGUUCUUAGACCCAAGCAUUCUUU